AUGGACGAGAAUGGUAAUCCCAUUCAAAAUCCACCAGUGGCAGUCGUCGAAGAAGCGGCGGGGGUAGGCUAUGCAGCCGCAAUUCAGCCCUCGCUUCUAAUUGGAAACUCGCGUUUCCGCGUGACCAACACAAUACUACACCUGCUCAACACUAAGGGUCUGUUUGGCGGUCUACCUAAAGAUGACCCGAAUAGGCACCUUCGGAAAUUUCUUGGGGUGUGUUCUACUAAUGUGCAUUUGGGCAUCUCAAUUGAAGCAGUCAAGCUAUGGCUCUUCCUGUACUCUCUAAUGGGGGAAGCCACGGCUUGGUUAGAUGGUCUCCUGUCCGGAUCCAUCACAACUUGGGAGAAAUUGGCCAAAGUAUUCCUUAAGAAGUUCUUCCCUCCAUCUCGGAUGUUGCAACUCCGUGACGAAAUCAACAACUUUUGUCAACUUCCUGAUAGGGCUCUCCAUGAAACUUGGAUUCGUUUUAAAAAGAAAAUCAAAAGUUAUACAAAGCAUGGGUUUCUCGAUAGUGUGCUUAUACAAAUAUUUUAUAGGUCUUUGGACUCGGUCAACAAAUCAGUAGCGAACAAUAUCGUGGAAGGGUCUAUUAUGGAUAAUUCUUAUGCCACCGUUUGUAAAUUGUUGGAUAAAUUGUUCGAGAUUAAUGAAGCGUGGCACACUAGGGAUUCGGAAGUAGGUGGAGGAAGUUCCUCCAAAAAUGUGCUCACUCCUGUGAUGAUUAAGAAGGAGGAAGAGAGAUAUAAAUCCAUGGCCAAACUUGUCACCCAAAUGGACCUUCUUACAAAACGUGUCCUGGGUGGCGGAAGCAAAAAGGUGAAUGCAGUAGAGUCUUGUGAAAGGGGUUCUCCGGAUGAGCAAUGUUUCCAAAUGUAUGAUGAGGAGACAAGUUAUAUCAACAAUCAAAGGGAGGGUUCCCGUCCGAACUACCAACGUCCGAGUCAAGGAUCUUGGAGGCAAGGCCAAGGGAAUCAAGGUUGGAACAAAGAUCAAGGUAACUCAAAUUGGAGAGAUAAUCAUGACAACAAUCAAGGGGGUUACAACAACAACUACAACAAUCAUCGGAGUUCAAAUCCGUAUGUCCCUCCAAAGGGGAAUCAACAAAGCUCUAGUCAACCGCCCACUAGCGAUCCCGCUAGUUCAAAAAUUAAAGAUAUGUUGUCAAGAGUGCUGAAGAAAGUGGAAUCCACCGAUACCUUUUGCCAGGAGACAAUAGAUGAGGUGAAAUCAAUGGGGCAAGUUGUAAGUUCACACUCCACCUCCAUUAAACAAUUGGAGUCUCAACUUGGCCAAAUGUCGGCUAUCCUCAACCAAAGGCAAAAAGGCCCACUCUCUAGUGAUAUGGCUGCAAAUCCAAGGAAUGAUGGUGAUCAUGAAUGCAAUGCAAUUACUACUAGGAGUGGUAAAACAAUUGGGAAAGAGGCAUUGGUGAAAGAUAAUUUGUUGGUUGAUGAUGAGAAAAUGGUUGAAGAACCCAUUGUUGUUAAAGAAGAAGUGACUCCAAAGAAGAAGCGGGCUAGUAUUGAAAAGCCCACUAUUGUUGAAGAUGCUCCGAAAAUUAAUGAUGCUUCAAAAAGCAAGGAAGCGGUAGAGGAGGUACCAAAGGCUUCACCGCCCGUUAUGAAGCCUCCUCCUCCAUUUCUUUAA